ACGGAAAUAGAUGUGCCACAUGGCGGCGGGGCUCGGGCUCUCCUCGACAUCUCUCUCCGCUCCCUGCGUCCACAUCCGUCCCGCCUUUACGACGCGUCCGUUCAGUACGCGCGUCGUCGUCUCCAGCGUUUCGUCCAACGCUCGGACUCGGACCAUCCUCAGUUAAUAUGAUGCGCAGCGGGCGCGUCGUAUUCACCGAACAACGGACGCACUCGUCGCGAUUGAGGCCCUGCGGUCCCGGGUUAGGAGCUAGAUCGCCUGGAAGUCGUUAAAAUCGCCUCGAGCAAACAGCCCUUUUCCUCAUUAUCGCGUAGACCGCUGGUAGAUGCUUAAAUAUUCGUGUUCGAAACGUUUUAAGCGAUAGUUUUGACGCGUGUAAUCGCAGAGAAAAUGAGUGUGAGUCGCAUAUGCGGGUUGCAAUUUCACACCAUCGCAACUGAUAACGUGGAACCACACCAUUUUCUACACCGUUGAAGCAUAACUUCCGUGUUCCUCUGAAUGCGAGCUAAAACUGAUGAAGAACUUGCCCGCUUCUUCCCUCACGAGUAGAAGAUGAUUCAUUAAUGAUUCAGAGUGUAAAACUCAACAACGAGACUUUAUCGUCCGGAUUAACAUCGAGAUCCAAUAUCAAAAUUCGGGCAAACGUAAAACUUAAUAGACAGAGAUGCAACGAUGCGGAAUGCUUCGUAAGUAAACGGGCAGCGAACUUCCGCGGCUGCUGGCUGAAAGCAAGGGAAAAGGUAUCGAAUCGGAAAUAUCGAGGAAUUCGAGGAAGCUUUCCAUGUGCGUACAAGAAUAUCCGUCCCCCAACAUAUGCGGAGGCGAGAGCACGUCCAGCACGUGCGUGAAAACGCGUAAAAACGUUCCCCGUAAAAGUUAGGCAGUCGAUAGCUUUGAAGAGUCCGGAAGAAGAUGGCACUUUUCCGAGAACCGUUACAUCGAGAGAACGACUGACGAUGAGGGCGACCCCGACCUGAAAAUUCGCAGUGACGUUCCACGAGGAAAAAAAGCGUGAGGCGUAUGUCGCCGUGCGAUGAGAUUGUACUUCACUACUCCGAAUACCUUUAAUAUCGAACGUCUCUAGUUUCACGGUGAUAUCUUCAAAACACCAUUGAUUCUACUUAAAUUUCGCGUGAACAAUGAUAUUUCAUAAAGAAAUUGCAAGCUCCAAUGUUAGUUUGUGUGCUAAUCAUCGGAGUUAACUAAAAUUAAAUUAAAUUGAGGAAUAUUAAAAAGCUGAGAAGUAUUAACGUCAAUAAUUUGGAUUUUUCUUUCCUUAUGAUCUUUAGAGAUUAAUGAAAAGAUCAUUUUCGACGACAGAGUCAAAUGUAGGAAGAACAUCGCUCGAAUUCAAGGACAGGGACAUGAUAAACGAUUAGCGAAGGGAAUUGUCGUCAGCGCAACACUAUUCGAAUAACCGAUAAAGUUACGAGCCGAUUAGAUAAAAAUAUGGCCGCUUGUCAUUCGACACCUGCUGUACAACGCCUGCAGUUGCAGGACUCGACGCGGAUCAGCUACGGUACGAUCAACGGCAUAGGGACUUCGAGUCAGAAGGCUCUACAGCAUACGAGUUACCCGCCGCAUCUACUCAACUGGGUCUAUCUGGCCAUCGCUGAACAAAAUCCGUCGCAGCCACCUGAACAGAGCAAGCUACUCCCUGCAGUUUGGAACAAUUUUCCCGGUACAACGUCACAGUCCUAUCUACGCCAGAACGCGUUGAAUCCGUCUGGAUCAGUCAGACCCAUGAGAGAUAGCGCGGCGGAAAGUAUCGCGGAUUUAGCGGUACACUUUAACGAAUUAACUGUGAGCGACCGGAAGCCGGCGAAGAAGCCGCCAUCGACGUACCUGUGUCACUUAUGCUUCAAGAAAGGACAUUACAUUAAGGAUUGCCCGCAGGCACGACCGAAGGGCGAGGGUCUGACACCGUACCAGGGCAAGAAGCGGUGCUUUGGCGAAUACAAGUGUCCCAAGUGCAAGCGCAAAUGGAUGUCGGGCAACAGCUGGGCCAAUAUGGGCCAGGAAUGCAUCAAAUGCCACAUAAACGUAUAUCCUCACAAGCAGAGGCCAUUGGAAAAACCCGAUGGUUUGGACGUAUCCGACCAGAGCAAGGUACAUCCCCAACAUCUCUGCGAGAAGUGUAAGACGUUGGGCUAUUAUUGCAGACGCAGCGCGAUAAUAACUUAACGAACUAGCCGAAUUCCGUCCAAUUUAUCUCGCCGAUCCAAUUAAUUGCACCAACGAGACGAGAAGGAUUUCUGAUGAUGAACUGAGAAAAAGACAAUUCGUUCGUUAUACUUGAACGCAUCAAUGCGAAUAUAGAUCUAGAGUCUAGAUUCUAGACAGAGCGUUCAUCUCUGUUCGCGAGAUUAAAUAUGAAUUAAAUCAUAGAGAGAGAUAAAACGAUAUAUAUUUUUAUGUACAUUUACGAUUAGAAUUUUUUAUCGCAAGAGUUUUGGAGCGACCAAAACCGCGAUGUUUUCAAUCGCACGUUGCUAUAUAUUUAUCUACAUUAAGAAAUAUUAUCUACGAAGUGCGCACAAGUGCCUACGAUAUAAUUUUUGGAUUCAUCUUCAAUGUUUGAUACUCAGUACUAUCGUAUCAGUAUAUACGCGAGGAAAAAUGAGUGUUAAAUAAAAAAAAACGAGGGCAUUGUUCUCAGGGAUAUUAUAAAAUGUUCUGACCCUAAGAGCUAAUAAUAAUCACGAGUAGAUCUUCAGAGAAAGGGAGCUGCCUCCGUAAAGGAAAGCGAUUAUAGAGGGAAAACAAAAGGAAAGAAGAUUGCAAAGGAAAUAUUUGCGAUAAUUCGGAAUUACAUUAGAACCUAACAUUAACACGCGGCCCCUGCGCAAUCAAUAUUAUUUCACAAUAUUGUGCAAUAAUGUAUUGAUUAAUGUUUAUAUUGAUGUUAAAAACAUUAUGUCAGUAUUAUAUAUAUAUACAUGAUGUUAUUACAUAUUUUUUCCAUAUUGUGCAAUAAUAUUAAUCGCUUAACGUACUAAUAUUAAUAUACAAUAUUAAUAUUAUGUUAGUAUUUAUAUAAUGAGAUGUAAUAUAUCGUAUCAAUAAUAUUGAGCGUAGGGACUGCUUUAUUUAUUGGGUAUUCUUUGGCUCCGGGAACAUGAACAUGAUACAUAUAUAAAUCUCUUCUUAUUUAAUAUAUUAUUUGCAUAUGUACAGAUUGAUUUACGAUGAGAAGAAGAAACGAUGAGAAGAAGAAAGAAAAUUCGAAUGAAGAAACAUUCGAAUUGCGUUAAAAGUAUAAGUUACAAACGUCGGUUAUGAAACCGAUGCAAUUUCACAGAGUUCAAUUUGCGCGACGAUGUAGAAUAGUUUCUUUUCAUCUGUUCGUGAUUUGGAAAACGCGACGACUAAUCUAUAAGUAUGCUAGAUCGUUCUUCACAUGAAAUCGAACUCACAUCGCAACGGUCUCUCGAUUUUUGUUUAGUGAAAUCAUCAUUGUCAACUAAUUCGGCAUUUUCUACGAAUCGCAUUGAACAUGUACGCGUCUAACACACGUUUUGCAAAAACAUAAGAGAAAAAAGUCUCUUAUCUGAUGUAGUACUAGAAUUUGUUAAAUACUUAAGGAGAAUUCUGAUGAA